GCGAUGGCAACGAUCAGACGCUCAUCCCUUUCGCCUCCCGGUUCCGGACUCCGGUGGCCUUCAGCACCAGCCAGAGAGACAACUGCUGGAUCCCCGGCCUGCCCAUCGCGGUGACGAUAGAGAGCUUUGAGAGGCACGCCGCUCUCAAGAUGCUCCACCCCAAUCUCUAUGCAAUCCGGGUGAAACACGGCGUGUAUGAAUGGGUCAUUCACCGGCGCUACAAACACUUUCGGCAGCUCCACGAUUCCCUCACCUUCUUCCGGGCACGCUACAAGCUGCCGCUGCCCAACAAAGAGUACCAUGAGCGCCGGAGGACCAUUAUGAAAGAUCUGAAGGGCAUGAAGGAGAGACAGAGGCAGCAGAAGUCUGUCAGGCUUCCUAAACGGCCCGAAUACCUGGUUGGGGAAGACAGGAUCCCCAGUCGCAUGUUGGAGUUCUUUGAGGUGAGCUCCUUCUCGUUCAUCAACAAGCUGGGAGCCAAGUCCAAGGAAGGCUUGAUAGAGAAGUGCUCGGGCGGCCGCCGCAUCAACAUCCAGUGCUGUGGCUGUCUGCAGAACCUGCACUUUGCCGGAACCUGGAACAACAGAUGGCUGAUUGUAAAAGAUAAUUUCAUUGGUUACAUUCGGCCAGAAGACGGAGAGCUUAGCGACGUGAUGCUCAUGGAUUCGGCGUUUAAAGUGAAAUGUGGCCUUAGCAACACUGGGGCCAAACAUGGUGUCCAGAUAGAGAACAUGAAUAGAAAACUGUUGAUCAAGUGCUGGACAAGUCGCAAAGGAAAAGAGUGGGCGGAGAUGAUCAGCUCUGUGGCCCAGAAUCAGGCAUUGGAGUACACCCAAAGGAACAGGUUCGAGUCCUAUGCCCCAACACGAGAAAAGGAGUUUGCGAGAUGGUUUGUCGACGGCCGGUCGUACUUUGAAGCUGUGGCAGACGCACUGGAGAAAGCCAGGGAAGAGAUCUACAUCACAGACUGGUGGUUGAGUCCUGAAAUCUACCUGAAGAGACCAAUUGUUGACGGGGACAAAUGGAGGCUGGAUGUCAUUCUCAAAAGGAAAGCUGAACAAGGUGUCAAGAUAUUUAUUCUUUUGUACAAAGAGAUAGAGGCAGCUCUAACCAUUAAAAGUAUUUACAGCAAGCAGACUCUUAUGUCUCAGUGCCCAGAGAACAUCAAGGUUCUCCGCCACCCCGACCACAUCCCGGGCACCGGCGUUCUGCUCUGGGCCCACCAUGAGAAGGUCGUCGUGAUUGACCAGCAGAUUGCUUUUACAGGUGGCCUUGACCUCUGUUAUGGCCGCUGGGAUGACGAUAUGCACAGAAUGAAAGACCUUGGCUCUGUCAGCCUGAAGCCUCCUUCGCCCGGAGGAUCUCCACUGUCGGCCAGAGAACAUUCUAGUCACACUGAGCUCUCUGUGAUGACAUCAGAUGAAAACUUGAGUGCCAUGGAUACAGGGCCUUCGGUCAUUGUCACCCCGGCAGACAAGGUUUUAGAAAAUGGAGAAACCGUGUCUCAGCAUAAAAGUGAAAACCACAGUGAUGCUGCAGAGGCUGUUCAAAACACCAACCAGAAUGGAGAUCUUGUUAGUGGCUCCGCCCCCGACUGUGAUCCGCCAGCAGGAGCGGCAGGAGUGUCGGAUUCUCCGUCUUCCACGAAUCGAAAUGUGACGUCUGAGUUCGCAGGUCAGCCUGUUGAGGCCAAUGUCGUUGUGAAAGGUCAUGAGUUGUGUAAUGAUGCUGACACUUCGAGCACUGAGAAGGGGAUCAGUGCUAGUGAUAAACAGGCCUUGGGUGAAGAUUCCAGGGAAGUGGACAGUCCAGCGAAGAAUGACGGGGUUGUCAGACAGCAAGGUCAGAAACAGUUGCUGCGACAACAAUCUAGUAUAGUGGACAUGGAGGGCUUUAGUGAGAGUGCUAUAGACGAAAUUAAUGAAUCUAUGCAGCCGUUCAAGGAGAUUGGUGAUCUCAGUCAUUUUAAAGCUUCUACUGCGGACGGUAGCAGCACAGUUGCCCAUGAAGAGGUCACUAUAGUCGUUCACCAAGAUUCCAUUGAUAAAGAGAUUGUGUGUUCACCUUUUGCUGAUGACCCUAAAAGGUCACCAGUUGCAGCAAAAAAAUCCUCAAGGUCUCCUCUUGGAAGGAGGAAGAAAAAAGAUGCUGGGGCUCCGAGUGGGGCAAGUUCUGGUGAGACACCGUCUGGCGAAAGAGUAAUCAAAGCCUCUCACUUGUGGAAGCGACGGUCAAAGAACAAAAGAAGCCUGGAGCUGGUUAUUCCAGAAAAUAAAGGCAUCUAUCGAAAGACUGAAGACAGCAGCGGUGGUGGUACGAGUUUGAAAACUGAGCAUGCAGGUGGCGCUAAUGGUCUGCCGGCCAACCACGAUGAGGAAAAACCUCGUGCGGAUAGUAACUCAUCCGCAGGGUCCCGGGCUUCGAACUCAGACCUCAUCACAAGUGACAAGCAGACACCAGUUGGGAAGGAGCCAAAUCGUUCUAAGGAGAAUUCCACCCCUGGCACGGCAACCUCUCUCGGAGGUAUCAACUUUUCCGGAGCCGCUAAUGCCAUGAACGCCUUACGCAAGAUGCUGCACCUUAAAGAAGAAAACAACAACGACGGUGGAGAGGGGGACAAUGGGUCAAGAUCAUCCGCCGAUGACCCGUCUCAUGCUGCUCGCCGACGAUGGAAAAUGAUUUUCAACGUUUCCAAGUUCGAAAGUAUGGUGCGAACGCCACAAGUGCCUGAGCGAGUGGACGAACGCUUGUUCUACAACCAGAAUGUGAAGUUUCCAACCUCCAAGUCCAGACUGAAACUGGUCCAGUCAUUUCGAGAAGGAGUUGACAAGCUGAAGAGACAUGAGAGGAAGAGUAGUUUGGAGCUGUAUGAAAAGGGCGAUCUUAAGGACAGACUGCCUGUCCCACCGUCACAGGGAGGGCUACAGCACACAAGCAGCGAGGAGGACAUCUUGGAGCGGGGGCUGCUGGGGUCGACCAAACUCUGGAUUGGCAAAGAUUACGUCAACUUUAUUUACAAGGACUUCGUCAAUCUGGAACAGCCAUUUGAAGAUUUCAUUGACAGAACCAAGUGCCCCCGCAUGCCCUGGCACGACAUCGGCUGUGUGUUGUAUGGCAAGAGUGCACGCGACUUGGCCAGGCACUUCAUCGGACGCUGGAACUUUACAAAACUGGAGAAGUGUAAGAAGAACCCCAACUUCCCACUGCUGACCCCAAAGACAACCACUAAAGUGUACAUUCCACGCCUUAUCAGGGAUAUCACGUUCGAAGUCAAAGUGCAGGUUCUACGGAGUUGCACAGGUUGGUCUGCAGGUGUCGGAGAAACAGAAAACUCCAUACACAAGGCGUAUGAGCAUUGCAUAGAGAAUGCAAGGGACUUCAUCUAUAUUGAGAACCAGUUCUUCAUCACUCAGACAGGCACCUCCAACACUGUUCACAACUGUAUAGGAAACGCCCUCUAUAAACGAAUCCUGCGAGCACACAGGAGCAGCAGUGCCUUCAAGGUGUACGUGGUGAUGCCGCUUCUGCCAGCCUUCGAGGGUGAGUUUGGCACCAACACGGGGGCGGCCCUCCAGGCGGUCACUCACUGGAACUACUCUUCCAUCUGCCGGGGAGAAAACUCUCUCAUGCAUCAGCUCGCCAGGGAGAUUCCUGACCCCAACAAGUACAUCGUCUUUUGCGGCCUUCGGACUUGGGAUAAGUUGGACAACAAGCUGAUGACGGAACUUAUCUACGUACACAGCAAGUUGAUGAUCGUGGACGACGACACUGUCAUCAUCGGCUCUGCCAACAUCAAUGAUCGCAGUCUGCUGGGCCCUCGUGAUAGUGAGAUCGCCGUCAUGUUUGAGGACAUUCACAAGGUGGACGUAGUGGUCAACGAGAAGCAGUAUCAGGCCGGCCGUUUCGCAUCCUCGCUCCGUUGGACUAUAUUCAGAGAGCAUCUGGGUUUGUUGCAUGAGGCAGACUUUGUGGACCUGACAGACAUCACAAGGGACAGCUUCUACAAGGACGUGUGGAUCCGUCGCGCGGCCGUCAACACGACAUGCUAUGACAAAGUUUUCCGGUGCCUUCCUACGGACAAUGUGAAAAACUUCUCGGAGCUGCGGCAGUACCAGUCGGUGACACCCCUGGCCCAGAUAGAUCAGGAGGAGUCUAUGAAGUGGCUCAACAAAAUCCGCGGCCACCUCGUCCUCAUUCCGCUGCAGUUCCUACAUCAGGAGAGUCUCACGCCCAAGGUGGGCCAGAAAGAAGCCCUGUUGCCGACCUACUUGUGGACUUGAGCUCAGUCCGGAGGGGAGAGGAAAUAACUUGUCGUCAUUCCUUUAUCUCCCCUCCCCCCACUGUAAGCUGGAGAGGUUGCAACCUGUUUGCUGGGAAGAGGAGACUGGAAACGUCACCAGUUUGCUUCCUCUGUGAAGAGGGAAGAUGGAAAAUGUCUCUGCUUCUUUCCAGUGCCUCACCGCCUCUGGUUGGCUUGAAAGGAGAGGUGGAAAAAAUUGCACCUUCCUUUGCACUGUUAGCUGAAGAGGAGAGACAGAAAAAAAUUGGAGCUUCAAUCCCCACUUUCGGUUGGAGAGGAGAAUUGGAAAAGUGGCUCCCUUUCUCAACUUUUUUGUCCCAGAGACAUUUAAGAUUGCAGUAUGUCUUGUUCCUGCUGUAUGACUCCCUCGUUCUCAAAGUCUUGUGUCCAGUGCUGAUCUAGUGAGUUCAACAGACCCACAAAAGAGAGACUUUUUCAAUACUCUGGUAUCAUAUCAGGCAAAGACCAAUGGCUCAUUUUGAAGGGCAUUAAUUCUCAAUGGCCGCAGUCAAUGUACAGCUUCUGCAAAAAAAUUGGGCAAAUGGGAAGUGCCUAUCAUAAUAACAUAUCAAGGUAUUUUGUCUUUUCACUACAAAAA